AUGGAGGACGAGGACGUCGCUCGCGACGACCCGCCCCUCCGCUCGGAUGAAGCCACGGUCCCGUCCUCCCCGACGCCGCAGGACGUCAUCGCCAAGAUGGCCGAGAUGGAGGUGGACGCCGACGCGCACGAGGCUGCGAUCGACGCGGAGCUGCGCGGCAUCGCCGCCGCCGCCGCGGGCGAGAUCGACGCCUUCCUCGCGGAGGCGCAAAAGUCGGUCACGCCCGCGGGGCGCGGCACCCUCGCGGCGCGCGCGCGCGCCGCGCGAGCCUCCGCCGAGCUCCGCCGCGAAACAUCCGAGCGAAACGUCGAGGACGAGCGCGCCGUCGCCGCCGCGCUGGCGCACUACGACGGCGCCAAGCGCGCGCUCUCGGAGCUCAGCGCGCGCAUGGAACGCGUCCAGCGAACGAUCGACGACCUCGAGGACGACGCCGCGGUCGUCCGCGGCGAGAUGGACGGGACGCCCGGCGAACCAGAUCCCGGAGCGGUGGCCAUGGGCGCGACGGGGACACACGGGCUCGCGACGCUCCCGCGGCGACGAAGGCUCGAGCGCGAGGCGGCCGAGUACGCCGCGGAGAUUGCGUCGCGAACGGAGGAGCUCGAACGCCUCGACGCGGAGGUGGCUGACGCGAGGCGCGAGCUCAUCGACGCCGAACACGACGUGGUAUUCGUCGACGAUUUACGCGCAGCUGUCGCGAAGAGGGAGGCGGAUGCGCUCGUUCGAGAUGCGGCUCGCGUCGCGGACAUCUCGCGGACGGACGCCGAGGCGCUGCGUCGGUACGAGGCGGCGAGGUACGCGGCGUAUACAAGGGAACGGACGCGGCGGGAGAUGGUGGCGGAGCGGGAACGGUUCGUGGUCGAGGCGGGGCGCGCGAGUCGGGCGGAUGCGUACAAGCGCGUCAACGAAAAGCUUCGAUUCGUUCGCGAGCAUCUCGAAGCCGCGGCGGCGAUGGACCGCGAGAGGCACGUGCACGACACGCGGCGGUUGCUAGAGCUGAAACACUCCACGGAACGGGCGUUCGAGCAGGUUGCGAAGUACGUCGCGGCGAAGAAUAGCUUCCACGAGCAGCGCAAGGCGGAUCGGCGUCGCGAAGCGGCGGAUCUGCUCGCCAAGGGACAGAACCCGUACUUGGUGUUCCAGGAGAGGGAGGAGGCGCGGCGGGUGCGCGCCGCGACGGCGCGCAACGCGCGCAACCACGAGAUGCGCAUGGAACAGAUCCGCGCGCGUCUGUCCAAGGAGGAGAAGGAGGAGGCUCGACGCGCGGCGGAGGUCGCGAAGAAGAAGGAGCUGGACCAGAUGUACACACGGACGCUCGGCCGUCGAGCGCGGGAGGAGCGAACGAAAAAGUACAUGGAGGGCGCGACGCGCGCCGGCGUCGACAUACUGGACGCCACGGGCAGAAACACGGUGUUCCCGAGCCAGGUGUCGCGCGUACCGCCCAAGUCGCUCGGCCUCGGAGGUUUGCGGGACGAUCCCGAGCGAAGAAAGAUGGUCGCGGACGACGUCGCCCCGGGCGCUCAGCCGCUGGACGCGAUGCUGACGCGACGAGAACGGGAGCUGCGUCUGGGCGAAGGCGUCGGCGUCGGUAGCCUGGGCAAGGAGUACGAGCCGAGCUGGAACGCCGGGCCGGACCGGGGCACGGGCGCCGCGACGCCGCGGCCGCCGGGAACGCUAACGGGAACGAACGACGCGACCAAGACGGCGAAGGGCGAGGAGGAGGACGGCGACGGACUUGGCCUGGAGGAACCCGAGGACGAGGAGGCGAUCAAAACCCGCGAGCGGAGGAGCGCGCUCCUCCGGAUGGAAUCCGAGCGGCUCAAGGCGAAGGCCAAGGAGCGGUUCUCCGACCCCGACAGGCUGUACUCGUCGCAAGUCGUGUGCGGACGCGAGUUCGCCGGCGACUCGUUCGCCCCAACACCGAAGAUUGGCUUCCUGUUCACCGACUUCGAGGCUGGCGGGACGUACCGCAAGAAAAUAACGGUGACGAACGUGUCCUACUCCACGGGCACGUUCAAGGUGAUGGACAUGGAGUACCCGUACUCGUCGCUCUUCGACGUCGAGUACGCGCCACCCGGUCGAAUGAGCGCGGGGAUGAGCACUUCCAUCUCCCUGACGUUCACCCCACGGACGAUGGACCCAGUGAGUUGCCACCUCUCGUUGUCGACAAACACGGGAAUCGUCCGCGUCCCCGUCGAGUGCAGGCCCAAGUCCGCGGAGGUGUACCUGGUCAACGAGGAGCUGGACUUUCCGGAGACGCUGGUGGGUCAGAGCGCCGUCGCGUUCGCGCAGCUCAUCAACGAGGGGGCGAUACCCGUGCCGUUCGCGUGCGAGUACCCGGUCCCCGCGGGGUGCGUACCGGGAAGUCGCGACGGCGUGGACGCGAGCGACGACUCCCCGUUUACCGUUCGCGUCCGCGGGUCGUGGAAGGAGCUCGAGGACGGUGGACGGGUGCCGAGCGCCGAGGGCGUCGUCCCCGGAUACGGCAGCGCGUUCAUCGUGUGCGAGUUUCACCCGCGGCGCGACGGAACCGUCCAGGAGGACGUCCACGUCAGGCUCGGGGCGCCGCUCGACGUCGACGCGGUGGUCAAGCUUCGCGCGGUGGCGGGGCCGCUGCCGGUGCACCUGGACGGCCGGACGACGAUGGAUUUUAAGGGCGUCGCCAUCGGGUGCGUGUACAGGGACGAACUCAUCGUGAAGAACCGCGCGGACGUCCCCGCGAGGUGCGUCUUACGCGUCCCGGAGUGCCUGUUGGGAUCGUGCGAGAUCAUACCCGACAUGCUCUUCUGCCAGCCCGGGGGUUCGGCGACGUUCAGCGUCAAGAUGACGCCCACCGCGAAGACGGCGGAGCGUUGCAAAAAGUUUAUAAACCCCGAGACGGGAUGCGUCGAGGUGCCGAUGAAGGUGACCACGCCGGGGCAGAACCUGCCGGUGCCGUUCACCCUGCGCGCGCUGCUCACGAGCUCUGACUUGACCUUCGAUCCACCUACCGUGGACUUUGGCAAGGUGGCGCUGGGCGAGGUGUCCGCGGUCAAGGUCAAGAUCACCAACCGCGCUCGGCUGAUGCAAACGUUUGGUUUCUCCGAGCUGCCGGACACCGUCUCCGUGGCGCCCUCACCGUACGGGGAGAUUCUCGCCGGGGAGACGCUCGAGGUGGAGCUUCGAUACGCCCCGCAUCUCGUCCGCACCCAAGCGUUCGACGUGCGCGUCAAGACUCUGUUGGGGGGUCGGAUCUUUAACCUCUCGUGCGUGGGAAGGGGCGUGAGACCCGCGCUGGAGAUGACUGGCAACGUGGUCACGCUUCCCCCGACGGCGGCGCGGGAGAUGUCGCACGGCGUCGUGGUGAUUCGCAACACGUCCAGGCGUCGGACGGAGACGUUCGAGUUUGUCGUCCCGGCGGAGGCGUCGAACGUCCUGCGGGUGUCGCCGCACGUCGGGACGCUUGGGCCGGGACAAGGCACGCGAGUCAGGGUCGAGUUUUGCCCCGAGGACCCGCCGCCGCCGACGCCGCCGCCGGCGCCGACGCCCGAGCCGCCCGAGCUGGACGAGGACGGUAACCCGAUCGAGAAACCCGACCAACCCGAGGACGGGGACGGGGACGGGGACGGGGACGGGGACGAAAAGUCGGCACCCGGGGACGCGGACGGCGCCGAAGCCGUGGAGGGUGAGGACGCGCCAGCCCCAGCCCCCGAACCGGAACCGGAACCGGAACCCGAACCCGAGGAGCCUCCGGAGCCCAAACGCGACGUGUGGCGCGUCCCCGUGUUCAUCAAAGCCGCGCCUCCCCUCACCGAGGACGAGCAGACGUUCGACCCGAACGACGACGACGAGUGGGUCGGUCACCCGACGGCGGUGCAGCACGUGGAGGUUCGAGCAGUGACCCGCGCGGGAAAAUCCUCCGUCGUCGUCGACAACCUUCACGAGGUGCCCGGGACCGCGGAGCUGACGUACGACCUCGACUUUGGCCACGUGGCGGUCGGAGAUAGGGUGGUUCGGUCGAUCAGGCUCCGGAACCUCGCGGACGUGGCGGUUGGGGUUGGGAUGUCCGCCCCCGACCACGAGGGCGUCUUCACGGCGCUCACCGCUUUUCGACCGAUGCCGCCGCUCGGCGAGUUCGAGCUCAAGGUGGCGUUUCAACCCGGCCGCGUGCACGACUAUCACGAGAUCGUCACCCUCAAGACGACGCUGCGGACGAUCCGCGUGGCGAUGCGGGGCGCCGGGAUCUCGCCCGCGCUCGACGUGGAACCGAGCGACGUCGUCGACUGCGGCGACGCCGUGCCGGGUGAUUGCAAAAACGUGACGCUGACGUUGACAAAUCCCACCGACUUUCCCCAGCGUUGGCGCGCGGAAGUUCGAAACCUCAACUCGCACGGCUUGACGUCGAGGUCGCCGUUCACGUUCUCCCCCGGCGGCGGCGUCAUCGCGCCGAAGGGCACGUGCGCGGUGACGCUCUCCUUCACCCCGGAUGCGCCCGGAGCUCCGUACGGAAACGACCGGAUGUUUUCCGGGACGAUCGCGAUCGUCGUGGCGGGAGGCGGCGGACCGGGCGCGGAGACGACGCGGGAGCUGCGGGCUCGAUGCUGGGCGGACGGUUCUUUCGUGUGCGGCGGGGACGACGACGGGCCGGACGACGACGACGCGGAUUUUUCCAAUCCGCUGCCGCCGUCGGUCGACGCGAACGGGUUGCGAAUGGGGUUGAGGGAACCGCGCCCGCGAGCUCCGUACGAACUCAUCGAGCUCACGCUUCCGGGCCCGAUCCGCCCGGGCGACACCGCGUCCGCCUCGUUACACGUCGGCUCGGUGAAGAACGCGGACGGCGGUGGGUCGAACGCCGAGUACGCGUUUGAAAGUUUCGCAGCGGACGACGUCGCGAAGGGUUGGAGCGUGGACGAGCCGAGCGGUUCCGUCGCGGCGGGCGAUCGGAAGAAGGUGACGUUCACGUUCGCGUACCCGCCAGCGCCGCGGCCGGUGGACCCGUGCUACUUUGGCAUCCCGGAGACGGUGAGGGCGGACGUGACGUGCGUGCUGCGGGGGGGCGCGCCGGCGCCGGCGGAGGAAGGGGGGCGGGAGGUGCGGGUGACGCUGCGGUGCCGGCUGCUGCCGCCGCGAACCGCGGAGGAGAUCGCGGCGGCGGAGGCGGAGGCGGUGAAGGCUUCCGCGGAGGAGGGAGACGGAGGCGGGGACGGGGUGGACGCCGGCGACGGCGGCGGCGCCUGA